AUGGCUCAACAGUGCUUCCAAAAUGAAUAUUUUGACAGAUUGCUGAAUGCUUGCAAACCGUGUCACCUUCGAUGCCCUAAUACCCCUCCUCUAAUAUGUCAGCGUUAUUGUAAUACAAUGAAAGGAACAAAUGCAAUUCUCUGGACCUGUUUGGGCCUCAGCUUGAUCGUUUCUUUGACAGUUUUCGUGUUGAUGUUCUUGCUCAGGAAGAUGAGCUCCGAGCCAUUAAAGGACGAAUUUAAAAACACAGGACCGGCUCUCCAGAAGGAUGCGAAUGCAGACCUGUAUGAGAGCGACGAUGGCGGGACUGGUGCGGAAACUCUUCUUUCGAGAGGCCUCGGGUACACGGUGGAAGAAUGUACGUGUGAAGACUGUGUCAGGAGCAAACCAAAGGUCGAUUCUGACCAUUUCUUUCCACUCCCAGCCAUGGAGGAAGGUGCAACCAUUCUUGUCACCACGAAAACAAACGACUACUGCAACAGCCUGCUAGCUGCCUCGAGUGUCACGGGGAUGGAGAAAUCAAUUUUCCCAGCUAAUUAA